AUGCAGGGCGCAACGAUACAGGCGCCGGGGCUGUCCACGUACCUCAAGUCACUGAAGAGUACUCCUGUAGAUGCCUCUGUUGAGCAUUUUAUCUCACUCCUCAAGCGACGGCAGAUACGAAAUUCGAGGCCAUGCGCCAUUGCGACAACGGCCCUACUUCUGCGCGUAGUCGGAGAGUUCAAGGGAAGGGAUGCUGCAAAGCUCAUUGAGCGCAUAAAGCAGGUUGGCAGGCGGUUGACAUCGGCGCAACCACGAGAAGUUGUAGUAGGAAACAUCGUACGACGCGUGCUGGGACUGGUACGCGAGGUCGUCGACGAACAUGCUGAAGGGCAAACACCAACGGGAAGCGAACCAGGCCACUCUACACCACAAGCGCACGCGCACGCGCACGCGCAGCACGACUCCCUCCACAGGCCAGCCUUGAACUCGAGCAUAUCCACCUUCAGUCCUCUCAGACAUGCCGUCGCCGAACCCAUGCACGCCAGUGUAUUCACCGACAACGCCUCCGAUGCCAGCGAACCCUCAAGACGGCCCCCAUUACUCACCUCACACACUUCGUAUGCGCCCACCUCCGCCGCUCCUCUGGUACACUCGCUAUUCGGACUCUUCUCUCAGCCAGCAGAUACACCCUCGACUACAAGUACACCCACAGGGCAAGCAUCGCCAAAUGGCAAGAGCACCCUCACAGCACUCAACCUGGAGCGGCUCGAGGGUAUCAACAGGAGCCAAAAUCUGGACCUGAAGGGUGAGGUCAUGGAGGGCAUAAGAGAACUCCAGGAUGAGCUGGAAACAUCAGACAAGCAGAUUGCCGAAGUUGCGCUCGAGCACAUUCACGCCAACGAGAUUAUCCUCACCCACACCGCGUCAACAACCGUCCAGAAGUUCCUCCUGUUCGCUGCAAGAAAGCGCAAGUUUACCGUUGUACACGCCGAAACAUAUCCCCACGAUCACACUGCCACGCAUGGCAUCCUCCUUACCGGUAAGAAGCGAGAAGCGAAUCCAGAUGACGACGAGGACGACGACAAGUGGAAGCCGCUCACCGACGCUGGUAUUCAAGUCUACGUUAUCCCAGACUCACAUGUCUUCGCCAUAAUGUCUCGCGUCAACAAGGUCAUUCUGGCGACGCAUACCGUGCUAGCCAACGGCGGCCUAGUAGCAGCAGCUGGAGCACAUAUGAUUGCAAAGGCUGCAAAGGAGCACCAGACGCCUGUUGUCGUGCUCAGUGGUGUAUACAAGCUCAGCCCAGUCUACCCAUUCGACAUCGACGAGCUGAUCGAGCACGGUGAUGCUGGAAGUGUAGUACCCUACGACGACGGCGAAUUCGUCGACAAGGUCGAUGUUGAGAAUCCCCUGUAUGACUACGUUCCUGCAGACCUUGUGGAUCUCUACAUCACUAACCUUGGCGGACAUGCACCUUCAUACCUGUACCGCAUUGUAGCAGACCACUACCGCUCUGAGGACAUCACUUUCCUAGAACGGAAGUCAAAAGUGCGGGCAGCAGACGAUAUUACACCGUCUAGAGAAGCAAUACUCUGCGCUGCAGUCACGCAGUACCUAAGACCAAUGAGCAACAGCACAAAUUUCCCAUCCAUUCAACUUGAAGCACCACAAGGCUGUAAAGUCACCGCACAUGACCUCCGCCUGAACCCUCUUGCUUCAACAAACCCCAACCUCCACUGCUUACAAGGCAACAUCAGUUCAGAAACCUCCAUCCAGGAUUCAAUCUCCCAAGCUAUCAACCAUUUCUCGCAACCAAUAAGCAUCCUCUGCGCUAAUGCCGGCAUCACCGAUGAGUCCUCUAGCUACUCCAUCUGGGACAUGCCCAGCGACCUCUGGGACCGCACCUAUGCCGUAAACGUGCGUGGUACAUUCUUUACCAUUAAGCAUUUCCUCAAAUCUGUCGAAAAGUCACAGAAAGACACUGGUAAGGAUAUCAAUAAUGUCAGUGUCGUUGUGACGGGGUCAGAGUGUGGGGUUUUCGGUCAAACAGGACAUGUAGAGUAUGCGAGUGGGAAAGCAGGACUACAGUAUGGGCUUGUGAAGACGGUGAAGAACGAGAUUGUAAGGCUUAACAAAAAGGCGAGGAUUAAUGCUGUCGCACCCGGGUGGGUGGAUACUAAGUUGAUUGAGGGGAGACUAGAUGACCCUCGAGAGAUGUGGAGAGAGGCUGAGGCUACUGUUCCACUCAGGAAGAUUGCGCAGCCCACUGAUGUAGCGAGAGCAGCAGCCUUUCUAGCAAGCCAUCGUGCUGCGGGCCAUAUCUCAGGGCAAUGUAUCUCUGUGGAUGGCGGUAUGGAGGGUCGUAUCGUGUGGUCCGAGGACGAAGUUCGCAAAUCGCAUGCAACCACUGUUGAACCAGAGGCACCAUCGAUCAAGGCGACUGGAGAGGGUGAAAUAUUUGGUACUGCCACCGAAGGCGUGUCUCUGGCUAGUAGAAACCCCUCAGCGAUGGUCGCCCCAACCAUGUCGUCUCUCAACAGCCCUCAACCUAGUCACAACCCGAAGAUCAAGAUCCUGCUCUCGGUAGACUUCGAUGCAGUAUCGGGCUGGCUAGGCACUGGUCAACACCCAGACAACAACCUCGCCGAUUACAGUACCGGGUUCUUCAGUGGACAUGUUGGUGUUCCGCGACUCCUCAAACUGUUCGCCAAACACGGCAUCGCCAACAAAGUAACUUGGUUCGUGCCGAUGCACAGCGCUGAGUCAUUUCCUAAAGAGUUCGCCGCAAUCAAGAGCAGUGGUGCGGAGAUAGGUCUACACGGCUACUGCCACGAAGGCGCCCCACAGCUCACUCCAACCCAAGAACGCGAAGUCCUCGAACAUUGCAUAAGCCUCUACCAGGAAUUAUUGGGGAAACGCCCACUGGGUUACCGUGCACCGCUCUACCAACUUCGCGAGAGUACCGUAGAGUUACUAGAAGAAUACUCUUUCCUCUACGACUCCUCUCUCUCCCACCACGACAGCAAACCAUAUUACCUCCCCAAUCUACCACCUAUAAUACCGCCAAAGUACACAGAAGAAGCUUCAGCAAAAGACUGGAUGAAACCUCUCCCCAAACCCAGUGCCCCCACGGUCAAAACACUAGUCGAGAUUCCGGCGAACUGGUACACGGAGGAUAUGACGCCUCUUCAAUACCUCCCUAAUGUCCCCAACUCACACGGCUAUGUUGAUGUACGUGUUAUGGAGAACAUGUGGAAGGAUAAGUUCGAAUGGAUUAGGAGCGAGAUGCAUGACAGUACUGGAGAGAAAGACGUAGUGGUUUUCCCAUUGGUCUUGCAUCCAGAUACGAGUGGUAUGGCGCACGUUAUCGGCAUGAUUGAGAGGGUAAUUCAGUGGUUGAAGGCGUGGGAAGCAGAGGUUGAGUUCUGUACUUAUGAAGAGGCGGCUAUGGGGUGGAAGGAGAAGAAUGCUGUAGAAUGA